AUGGCACCCGCAGAUCUCGUCAAAUUCCAUGACGCUGUCAAGCUUGAGCAGUUGGAUGACACGACAUUCAAAGUCAGAUUUGAUCCCCAAUACUGUAUAGGCAAUGUCGUCAACGGGGGCUACAGUGCGUCUUGCAUGGCCAUUGCCGCUUCCAAGUAUUCAUCGAAGCGUGGUCAGCCUCAUGUGGUCAGCUCUCAGCACAUUUUCCCUGAUCGCUGCUCCGUUGGUCAGGCCGUCAUAGUCAUUGAGGAUGUCAAGAAAGGCAAGAUGCUGUCCAACAUUCAGGUAAGCGUCUGGCAAGGAGCGCUACUCGACUCUGCGCCCUGGUUCGACCGCGAAAAGUCGCGCAGGCCGCUGCUUGCCUACAUGGUACUCGCCGACAUGGACGGGUUUGAUGCAUCUUUCAGUCUCCCGACAGCAUACAAGACGCAUGCCGAGUUGAGUGCUACCUCUGUGCCCGACCCCGACUUUAAACGUCUUGUGCGCGACAAUUGCGAUGACAACUGGACCUUGAGUGUCCCGCCUGGCGACUGGAAGAAGGAAGCAGCAAGCCUGCCCGGCAAGGCCCUGUAUGUGCCCAAGAAGGGCCUCUUCACACCGGGAGUCUUCGACAUGUGGGUGCGAAUGGCGACGGGAGAGAAGCUCACCCAGCAAUCGAUGCCCUUCGUGGUCGAUCUGCUACCGUAUGAGCUGGAGCGGUAUCUCUUUUCACCAGAGGCGAAGGAGAUGAUAGAUCAGCUUCAGAACGCAGGCAAGUUGCCAAAGUCCGAGGGAGGCAGCGGAUCCCAGAAACAGGGCAACAAAUCACAACCGUACUGGCUUGCCACACUGGCGCUGAGCCUAGAGACGAAAGAUCUUUUGCCGGAUGAGGGUGUUGACUGGCUCCACGUCAAGCUUCUCGCCAAGAAUCUAUCGGGAGGGAAGUUCGACCAGACAAUCGAAGUUAGGGAUGAAUCCGGGGACUUGAUUAUGCUUGGACACAGCGUCUCACUCGCACUCAAGUUUGACCGCAACACAACGGGUCGGACGAAGUCUACCCUGUAG